AUGGCCCUCCCUUCCAACGUCCACGUCUCUUCCCAUCCCCUCCUCCAAGCCAAGCUAUCACAGCUCCGGUCCGCAUCCACCUCGACCCGCGAGACCCGCAGCCUGGUGCACGAGAUAGCCACUAUCUUGGGCGUGGAAGCAUUUGCAGCAGGAUGGAAGGUGAAGAAAGCAGGAAUGGACACCACUCCCCUAGGCACCGAAUACGUCACUCACGACAUUGAUCCCUCGGACAUUGCUUUGGUGCCUAUUCUCCGGUCUGGGUUGGGCAUGAUAGAGGCAAUAAAUAACCUCCUCCCCACCUCCAUCCCAAUCUACCACCUCGGUCUCUUCCGCGAACGUCUCACCCUCCAACCAGUCGAAUACUACAACAACCUCCCCUUCCAGCCCGACAGUUCCAGCACCAACACCGCCGCUGCUGCAACAGCCAUCCUACUCGAUCCUGUCAUUGCAACGGGUGCUACCGCAGAAGCAGCGAUCCAGUUACUCCGUGAAUGGGGCGUGCAGAGAGUCGUCAUGUUGAGUGUGCUGGGUUCGGAAGCGGGCGUGCUUCGCGCAGCGGGGACCUGGCCUGAGGGCGUCGAGGUGUGGACUGGGGCGGUGGAUGCGAGGUGUGAUGAGCGGGGGAUGAUUGUGCCCGGGUUGGGGGAUAUUGGGGAUAGGUUGUUUGUUGCGAUGGGGAAGUAG